AUGAAUGGAAAUCCCAUUAAGUUGAAUAUUAAAUUUGAUAAUGCUAUCAAGGGAAAUUUUAUAAGGUUACCUCCAGAAUUGGCUACUGAGAUUUAUUCCAGUGAUAUACCUAUCCAAGAAUUUUAUUUCAAAAUAAAUGAUCGUUGGUUUGUGUCAUGGGAUGGAUUUUACUCAUCGUCUUCAAAUUGUGUUGAGAUUAAUCCUGUUUUAGCCAAUAUGCUAGGCUCUUUAAGACAUAAUGAUAUUAUAAAAUUUUCUGUAUGUCGAUUACCGGUCGAAAACAUACGAGUAGCAUUAUCCGAGGUGUAUGUCAAACCGUACCAUAGUGAUGAUUGGGAGAUAUUAGAAAAUAAUGCAGAAUUCUUACAAUCUGAAUUAUUGAAUCAAGUUAAAAUUGUGGCAUUAAAUAAUCCAAUAAUUUGUUCCAUAAAUAAUAUUAUAUCCAGAGUUAUAGUGGAUAAAAUAAUUCCUGCUAAUAGUGGGUUUGGGAGACUUGAUAAUGGGACUUUGAUUGUUGUAGAGCCAAAAGUGAACAAAAACAGGAAUAAUAGAUAUAAGAAUGGUAACAAACAAAAAAAAUCAUUUAACUCAGAUACAUCAAUCACAAUAGAAAGAAGUUUGGCAUGGAAUAUUGAGCAUGACAAUCCAAAUAGUUUAAAAGUAUUUGUUAAUAGGGAAAACUUUGAAAGUAAGUUUGGUUUUAUUAAAAUAAUAAGUUGUGAUCCCAUAAGCAUACAGGAUGUCACAAAAAAUGCAAACUCUUCUAACUUACAACUAAAAUUGAAUAAGAUCUUUAUUGAGAUUGAGAACAAAACUGAUUUACAUUUACCGAAAAAUCAUAUUUGUUUUUCUAAAAGGUUAUGGGAUGUUCUUGGUUUCAAACACAAAAAUAAUGGUUAUAUUCUCCAGUUAGAAUUGUUUAAAGAUAAUUCAUGGGUAGAUAUAUUCACAGAUAUUGAACAUUUAGAUAUAACAAUUACUCAUUAUAUAGAACAAGAUGAAAGACAAUUAGAAAAUUUAGUCAAAAAGAUGCAAUAUUUAACAAAUAAUAUGUCUAUUAAUGAUGAAAAAUUUCAAUUCAAUAUAUCCUUAUCAGCGGAAAUUAGUUUUAUAAAAAAAGAAAUUCCAUAUGUUGACAUCAAGAAUAUCAAAAGUUAUCAUUUUAUACAUAAAUUAGUCAAGAAAACUAGAAAUGUUGCCAACUUGGAAUCAAUUUCUGAUCCCUCAUAUUGUUAUACCAAUAGUAUAAUAUCAGAUAUGAUAAACCAUUUAUCUUGCCCAUUUAGUACAUCUAGUGGAUCACUUCUAUGUGGUAAAUCCGGUAUGGGCAAGACUGUAACAGCAUUAAAAUUGUAUUACAAUCUCCUUUAUCAAACUAAAUAUCGAGUAGAUUAUUUAAACUGUGAAACACUUAUAAACAGCUUUUCGCUGGAGAAGUUAAAAACUAUUAUCGAACAACAGGUAUACCAGGGAUAUAUAUAUAAACCCUCAAUUUGGAUUCUAGAUAAAGCCGAUUUCAUAUUUAAUCAAAUCAAGUCAAAUGAAAAUUCUAGUUCAACCCAAAAUAAAUCCAAUUUAUCUGAUAAAAUUACACAUUAUUUAAUCAAUACUGUGGAAGCAGUUAAUCAAAAAUUUAAUAAUUGUAUUCACAUAAUAUUUGUAGCAGAUAGCAGAGAUAGUCUGAAUAACAUAUUAUUUGAUAAGCAUUUCAUUAAUAAAAUAUGGACGUUAAAACCUCCAAACAAAGAAGAAAGAUUAAAAUUUUUUGAAUAUUUCAGUGCAAAUAGUGUAUUGUUUACAGAUAUUCUUUCAUGCGAUGAGACAAAUAUAACUUUCUCCGAUAUAGCUUUGGAAACAGAAGGCUAUUCACCAUUAGAUAUAUCUAAUUUUGUAAUAAAAUUAUAUUAUGAAUGUAAAUUAAACGGCAGUACCACAAUAUCUGAUCUAGAUUUCCAAAGGGUUUUAAAGGAUUUUGUACCGUCGGCUCUACAAAACGUGAAAUUACAGAAUAAAAAUAAUGGUAUGAAAUGGGAUCAAAUUGGAGGAUUAAGCGAAGCUAAAAAAAUUUUAUUAGAGACUCUAGAAUGGCCUACAAGAUAUUCACCAAUUUUUCAAAAUUGCCCACUGAGAUUAAGAUCAGGUAUCUUACUAUACGGUUAUCCAGGUUGUGGAAAGACGCUGCUCGCUAGUGCAGUGGCUUCACAAUGUGGAUUAAAUUUCAUAUCUGUGAAGGGUCCAGAAGUAUUGAACAAAUAUAUUGGUGCCAGUGAACAAAAUAUAAGAGAAUUAUUUGAAAGAGCAGAAUCUGUGAAACCAUGUAUUUUAUUCUUUGACGAAUUUGAUUCUAUUGCACCGAAGAGAGGACAUGAUUCCACGGGUGUUACCGAUCGAGUUGUCAAUCAACUGCUUACACAAAUGGAUGGUGCAGAGGGAUUGGAAGGUGUUUAUGUUCUUGCUGCAACUAGCAGACCUGAUUUGAUUGAUCCAGCAUUAUUAAGGCCAGGAAGAUUGGAUAAGAGUGUUAUAUGCGAUAUUCCAAAUGAAAUAGAAAGGUUAGAUAUCUUAACUAAGAUUGUAAAGAAACAUAAUAUACAUUUAGAGAAUGAACAUGAUUUAAAAGAGAUAGCUUCAUUGACUGAAAAUUAUUCAGGAGCUGAUUUGCAAGCAUUGUGUUAUAAUGCAAACUUAAAGGGUAUCCAUAGGAAAUUGGACAAACAAAAGGAUAAUCAAUUGGAAUCAAACACUUCUAGUACUACUAAUAAUGAUGAUUCUACAAAGCUCCAUAAGUUUCUGCUUGUUAAUGAAACAGAAAGUAAAGAAAAUAGAGAAAGGGUCAAUAAAUAUCUUAACAAAUUUUGUAGUUCAAAGAGGAAUGAUUUAGACCCUGAGAGACUAGAGGAUAACAGAAUUCUAAAACAAGAGAAUAGUGUAAAUGACAGUCAAGAGGAAGUGAUAACUCGAGAGGAUUUGUUGGCGGUGUUACAAACAACAAAAGCAAGUAUUUCACCAAGUGAACUCAAUAAGUUAGGUUAUAUUUAUAACAUGUUUCAAGGUAAAAAUAAACGUGAAGAUAAUAACAUUAUGAUAAAUGAGAAUCCUGAUAAAAUAGUAUCUGAUGUGGGUACCCGUUUAUCACUGAUGUAA